AACAGGCAAGCUGGCUGGCAGGCUACCUUCGUUGCCAGGGAUGGGAGCGGGGCUAGGGGAAUGAAGGACGCUCCGGGAUUUAAACAUGAAGCAUCCGAGGAGGCGAGUGUCAGUCGGGGGGGCAGACAUGCCGGUGCGCAAGAAUGUGCGGCUUAGAACAGUGUGUGUGCCAGACGAGCGACCGAAGAAGGCACUUUACAAGCACAAAGUUGACCUGCUUGCCUUUGGAUGCUGCAGCAAACAAGAACCGUAAAAUGCUUUAACUUGAUGGCCUGGGUAACUCCUGCACGGAACGAGACUUUCGUUUUUUUUAAUUUCAUUUAUUUAUUUAUGUUAUCCCUGCGCUGAAAUCCUAGCUGUUGACAAUUUUCAGUGGUCCAGUUCAUUUGAAAUGCACGGCACGAGUGUUUUUUUUAUUUUAUUUUUUUAUCAUUAUGAUAUAUUUAGCAGCUGCCUCACUUCCUCAUAAAACAACAUUUUAAGGACAGCUUCAGUAUUUCUGCAGCGAGUAACGUUAAGUCCGGUGCGCGUUGAUCGGGAUGCAUUGGUGAUGAUCAGGGUUAACUAUUUCUUUGCACCUUUUUCCCCCGACGAAGUCGUCUACCUCCUUUUUGAAAGACUUUGUUCAUAUUUAAUUAUUUCAUUAUUUAUUUUGGCGACUUUUCUUUUCUAAACAAGGACACCUAACGGUAUUCGCUUCCCCUUUUCUAUGCAUCUUCUUCCACAGGCACAUCAGGUAUAGCUUUGUCAUUUUGACUUUGUGCUCACAGUGCGCUGAUGUGUGUAACCUAUAGAUCUUUGUAUUGCUAUUUUUUUCGCUUUACGUGUUAAUUAAUUUUUGUGGGUUGGAGGAAACACACGGCUGCCGAGCUCUUUAGCCAGCGGCACGGCUAUUACAUAAUUAAAAGGCGUUUUAGUACAUUGAUGAUAACGCAUUUAUCGGCCGGCAGGAAACCUCAGCUUAAAAACACAGGCACACACACACACACACACACACACACACACAGUCACAGUCACAAUAUCCUCUUCCUCUCCGGCUGCAGACAAAAAAAGAGCACAACUUUCGGUUUGUCAGAGGGCUGCUUUUCUUCUUGAGAUGACUCUUUCAAAAACUGGUGCAAAAAAAAGGAAAUAACGGCUUUUGAUCUCCCAUGCGCAGAUUGACGUUUUGUGAGUUUCGCUACCUCGUUUUCCUUUUUUUUUCUUCUUGCACGUUCCUGUCAAUGAAACGCAAGUUGAUUUUUUUUUUGGAUGCGAUAAUUGAUAGCUUUGCAAUGCAGUGACACAUUGCAAUGAAGAAAGCGACAUUUUUUUGGCGCUUCUGAAGAACAAAACAAAACAAGAAAAAAAGAGUGGACCUUUCAACUCCACCCGUCUAGUCUACCAUGUGCUAAAGAUAUUCAAAAGAAAAAGUGGUCGAGCACUUUAGAAGCAGCUACUGAAAAAACACACCGCCAAGAGGCUUCUUUUUUGUGUUAUAGGUACAGGAAAAUACAAAGUGGAAACAAUAAGGUCGCGAUCAGGGACGACACUUCCUAGUAGAUCAGAGGACACCUACAGUGCUGGCCAAGGUCGCGCUGGAAAAGGUAACGCAGGCUUCUGCCAACUUAAAGCCGUCUUGAGUUACACAGACCACCCCACCCCCCGCCUCCCCACCCCAGGCACACGGGAAAAUUAAAAAAAAAAAACGGGGACACGCAUGUUCUUGUAUUUGUUCUUGCAAAGGAGUUGCACUGUGGAUGUUGACGCGUCGAGAGGCUUAAAAGUGCGGAUGUUGGAACUCAGAAACAACAAACAUCUAACAGGAACGCUCCGUAUGUGUUCUUUGCACACGAGGACUUCUUAAAAACUUAAUUUGAGACAAGCGGCAAGCGCAAAGCACCCUGAGAAGAUCACUGUGAAUAUGCUGUGCAAUGUGGUAAUGUUUCCAUGCGUCACUCUGUCUUCACAAACAGGAGCCCCACGCUGAUCGUCGUGCUCUUCUUCCAUGCCAUGGGCUGCAUUCAGAGCAUCAGCUGCAAGCCGAAGACCUUCCGCGAGAGCCUCGUCGUUCUAGAAGUGAACGCCUCCAUCGAUUCAAACCCCACCAGCAUCGACGAAUCCUCCUCCGUAGUCCUUCGUUACCGGACCCCGCACUUUCGGGCGUCUGCUCGGGUGCAGGUCUCCUCGCUGGCCAGGAAAGAGACGUGGAUCGUGGGCUGGAUCCAGGCGUGCAACCACAUGGAGUUCUUCAACCAGUACGGCUCUAAAGGAAUGUCAAGCUGGGAGCUCCCAGAUCUGAGAGACAAGAAGACCCAAGCAAUAAGUGAUUCGGACGGGGUGAACUACCCCUGGUAUGGCAAUACGACGGAGACGCACAAGAUUGAAGGCCCAACCAAAAAGGACUCCAAGUUCCUGGUCAGCAUGAACGACAACUUCUACCCCAGCGUCACUUGGGGCAUACCCGUCAGUGCCAGCAACGUGGCACAACUGACCAGUAUCCGUAGGGACCAAAGCUUUACCACUUGGCUGGUGGCCAUGAACCAGGCCACCAGUGAGACCAUCGUACUGCACACCAUCAAGUGGCGGAUGAGACUGCACAUCGAGGUGGACCCCAGCAAACCUCUGGGCCAGCGUGCCAAACUGCUGGAGCCCAUCGCCCAGGAGCAGCCUCAGAUCCUCAGCCAAAAUGAACCAAUCCCACCACACGCCAUGCUGAAGCCCAAUGCCAACGAUGCUCAGGUUCUGAUGUGGCGGCCAACCUCUGGGGAUCCCAUUGUGGUGAUCAAACCCAAGCAGUGAAAGAGGGGAUGUCUUGGUCCAUGAAUGUCAUUUCUGAGGUUGCACCUUCACACGUGGCUCGGAUUAUCACUGUGCAAACUGAACCCUGGCAGUCUUAUGCUUGUGUUCUGAAACAAAUACUUGACUUUGAUGGACCUCUCGAAGUAUUCAUAUGGAUACAUAUUUUUUCAUCUCAACUUUUUUUUUUUUUUUUCAUUUUGGAUACUCAAAACAGGGAAAAUAUUUUUGAUUCUAAACUGGCAGGGGUCUCUUUUCGCCAAAAAGGAACACAAAAUACUUUUCUAACAUGCAAAAUGUCAAUCCAUGCGGCCUUAAGUUUACAUUGCUUUUUCAUGAAGGAAUCUUUGCCUUAAAUAAAAGUGCUGGAUACAGAAUCCCCUGUUCCCCAGGGAUAGAUUCAGAUCCCACCAAAAAAAA